GGAACAUCUAUUGUAGGUUUAUAUUUGCUGAUGUUUGACGUCUGUUCAUCAAACGAUUUGUUUACCGGUUUACUAUUAGUUUUAUCAACAUUGUAUUUCGGUUGGUUCAGUUUUCUUGUACAAAAUAUUUUCAACGAGAUGAACCAGGUUUAUUUAAAUUUAAUGGAUUUUCCAUGGUACAACUGGAGUCAACAGAACAAAACAUUGUUUCUAAUAUUAUUAUUAAAAAAUUUACAACCAUUAGAAGAUAAAUACUAUGGUGUUCCAGCUUUGGAUUUUAGAUUUAUGCUUCAAGUAAGUUAA